CCGGGGGUGGGGGGCCCGCUCCACCCACUGCGUGCCCACUGGCAGCCCUGAGCCCCUCCCUGGCAGACUUCUCCCUCGGCUCCCACCAUAGGGCUGCCCCUUAGCCACGCCUGCGCCUUAGAGCCCAAGGAGGGUGAGAGGCUGGGCCCCGCCGGCGGGGGAGGAGGAGGGCUGGGAGAAGCCCCGCCCGCUGCCGCGACGCCAUUUGCCACUGCCGAGCGUGGGCACAGGCGGCUCUCGCAAGCCCGGGUGACCAACCUCUCCCGAGCACGCUUCUCGACCUCCCGCACAAUCUUCAUCCCGCGCACUUCUCAGCGUCGCCUGUCGGAGUCACCGCCUUUCCUGCCGCCAGCCUGAGCACGGCCCCGCACGCCACAGGCCAGUCUUUGCCGCCAUGCCCAAGAAUAAAGGAAAAGGAGGUAAAAACAGGCGUAGAGGGAAAAAUGAGAAUGAAUCUGAAAAGCGAGAGCUUGUAUUCAAGGAGGAUGGACAAGAAUAUGCUCAAGUAAUCAAAAUGUUGGGAAACGGACGACUGGAAGCCAUGUGUUUUGAUGGUGUAAAGAGGCUGUGCCACAUUAGAGGGAAAUUAAGAAAAAAGGUUUGGAUAAAUACCUCAGAUAUCAUAUUGGUGGGCCUCCGAGAUUACCAGGACAACAAAGCCGAUGUCAUUUUAAAAUACAAUGCAGAUGAAGCUAGAAGUCUCAAGGCCUAUGGCGAGCUUCCGGAGCAUGCUAAAAUCAAUGAAACUGAUACAUUUGGUCCUGGAGAUGAUGAUGAAAUUCAGUUCGAUGACAUUGGGGAUGAUGAUGAAGACAUCGAUGAUAUCUAAAAUGAACUCAACAUUUUACAUUCCAGUCUUCCUGAAGAUUGUCCUUCAAGUUUGGAAUCAGGCCAUAGACCUCAAAAGUUUUCACUAUCAUCUUGAUUGUAAUUUGUUGAGGCAGAUUCGGUACUACAGUCUUUCAUAACUGAUAAUCUUAACUGAUAUGCUAAGCCCACUUUGUUGAUUCGAUGAAAUUGUCCUUACGAAGACCAUUUAAGGGAAAAAAAAAACCUUUCAUACUUUGACCCCUUCCAGUAAGUAAAUGGGUGUUUUGAAUAAACUAUUUGCCUUGUACUCAGUAUAAA